GGCUUCCUCAUCACUGCGGGAGCAGUGGGGAUGUUGUGCAGGCGGGGCGUGUGGACAUUGGCCAGGAGGAGCAAAGGUUGGCAGAACCCAGUGCAUAAAAGGGAUGGGGAGUGGGGCAGAGCAGAACAGCGCCAGGAGCAGGACAGGCGUGUGCAGCUGGAGGGGGAUUUGGGGUGAGACUGUGGGACAUUGGGGUGAAACAGCACUGCCUGGGCAAGGGAAGGGGUGAUGGGUAUUCUAGUGGGAGUGGGGUUGUGGCAUUGUAGGAGCAGCAGCAGCAAUGUUGGGUUCUAACCCUUGCGCUGGGGAUGAGAGCACAAAGCAGCCAUGCCUUUUAUCCCCAUUCAGGGCAAGCAGAGCACAUGGAACUUUUUGCAUGGGACGUUGCAGGGCAUUACCAUCACUUAAUGAAAAACACUUGCAGCUGUAAAGCUGAAGAGAGAGCAAGAUGGGGUGAAGAAGGAGUGAAGCUCCUCAAGUGGAGCUGUUUUGGGGCAGAUGGGUGUCGGCAUAGAGGGAGGAGUGGGUGUCAGGCAGAGGCUGCAGCCUCUUGGCUGGGAAGAAUGGGAGCAGGGGAGCUACAGCAGUACUGUGUGGGAGAUGGUGGCUGGGUGUGGGUCAGGGAGGAGGACAGAGGAAAAAAGCAAGCUGCCCUGGAGUUGCUGAGGGAGGACACCCCUUCCUUCCUUCCCCACCAGCCUUCCUUCCAGGACACCCUGUGCAAAGCUCCGACCAUGGCCACCCGUCACGUGGUGACAAUCCAGCCUGGCUUCUCUGCACCCCCACAGCCCAGCAAGUGGCACACGGGGAAGUUGGACUGCAUGUCUGACUGCGGUGUCUGCAUCUGUGGAGCCUUCUGUUAUCCCUGCCUGGGCUGCCAGGUGGCCAACGCCAUGGACGAGUUCUGCCUGUGUGGCGGCAGCGUGGCCAUGCGGACGCUGUACCGCACCCGCUACAACAUCCCGGGCUCCAUCCUGGGUGACUUCUGCUCGGUGCUGUGCUGCCCCAUGUGCUCUCUCUGCCAGUUGAAGAGAGAUAUUGACUAUCGGAAAGAGCAGCGCACCUUCUGAUGCUGCUCCCCUGCCUGUGAAGUCGAUGCUGCCCUCUAGGACUGUUUGGUUUGCUGUGGCUUUUCUUUGUUUUUUUUCCCC